AUGGCAAGAGAGUCGGGAGCCGAGUUCUUGAUCAUGGAAGGGUCAAGAAUUGGUGUGAGAGUCCGGUCAGGGUUACUGUGUGUUUCUCUGACGCGGAUAUCACGGUUCUUGUUUCGAGAGGGUCGGUUACAAAGAUGGACUAACCUCGGCCUUGAUGUGUUCUUGGCCUUGAGGAUGGACCGUCGAUGGUGUCCAAUCAACUUCAAGAAGGACGUUGGAAUCUACUAUCUACGGAAGGACACACUAAACUGGUGGGAGAGUGUGGAUCGACAAAAAGGCCAGUAUGUCAAUACUUGGGAGAAGUUCAAACUCGAGUUUGAGCAGAAGUAUUUUCCACCAGAAGCACGAGAUCGUCUAACUCAAGAAUUUCUGAGAUUGGAGCAAGGCGAGAAGAGUGUACGAGCCUAUGAAGCGGAGUUUAUGAGGUUACAAAGGUAUGCCUCAUACUGUAACGAGGAUGAUAAAGCCCUGGUGAGACAAUUCAUGCAAGGCUUAAAACCGGAGAUAGGAGGUCGACUACAACCUGUCACUUUCACCAUCCCUCAUGAAGUGGUAGAGAGAGCGGUGAAUGUAGAGACAUAUCUACAAAAGGAGAAAGCGGCGUGGAACAAAAGGAAAAUGGAGUUCAACGCGACAACCAAGUCAAAGAAGGGAGGUCAAUCUUCUAACCAAAGAAAACCCCACAAGGGUAAUCAGAAGUCUGGAAAUGGAGAUCGAGGAUGCUACACAUGCGGAGAAAAGGGACAUUUCUCAAGAAAUUGUCCCCGUGUCUUCAAGUCAGCAGAAUCUCUCAUGCACGUCAAAUGCUAUCUUUGUGGCGAAUUUGGGCAUUACGCCACUAGUUGUCCCAACAGAGUUGUUGGAACAGCAGGAGGAUCCGGCAAACAAAACGCACCACCCCGACCAAUGAAAGAAUCCCCGACUAAGCGUCUAACUUCUUCGGGUAAGGUGUAUGCUUUAGAAGCAGGACCAUCAAACCCGUCGGGAUCAAACCAAGGUCCCAUCACAGGAACAAUAUGUGUAGGUGGUAUCCUGACACAUGUUUUGUUCGAUUCGGGAGCGACACAUAGCUUUGUGACUCCCGAAGUAGCAUCUUCUUUUGGUGACGCUUAUAGGAUAAGAUUGUGA